AUGAUACUCAUGAGCAAAGCCUUUCUCAUGAAGCAAUGUUACAAAAUACCUGUCCUAUCCUGCCCAUGUAUUCCAGUCUGUGGCAUUGGUGAUGGGACUGAGUCAACUCAAUUAGUUGUUUUCCCUCUACACUUUAUCACAUCCCUGCUGGGCUCUUCAACCCAAGUCCUGGCUCAAAUAUCUGUUGAAGCACAUGUUGUUGACAAUCUUCAAGUCAAUCUACUUCUUGAGAUAGACAACAUGGCUCCUGUGGAUCACCAGUCUUCGCGCCCUGUGUACACAGACACAGAAGUCAUAAUACCCUCUCACUCUGAGGCCAGAAUUCCUCUAUGCUGUCACUUGCCUGGUAAUACCAAACUUUCUACAGACUGUGACUAUGUCUUUGCACCAAAACUACCCCCUCUGUCUUGUUAUGUUCAGAUUAUGAAUGCCUCUCUACCAUUUGCCCAUGUAGUGAACCCUACAUUCAAAUGGGUUGUUAUCAUCUGCUGGUCUUGCAUUGGCACUCUACAUGAAUAUGAUGCUUCUGGUGCCUACCUUGUUGACCCCUCUGCUGAACCACUUGCCCUCACCUCACUGCCUGUGGAGACUCUUCCUCUUAGCCCUUCUGGCCCCAUGCCUCCUAAUUCCAACCCCAUGGGUUCCGAGACCCAGCUAUCUAAUGGCAUCACCAUGUAUGGCAACCCAUGA